CGACAGUGAGGUCCGCCGUCGCAAGGCUGCUGUGAUUGAUGACCAGCCCGAGAGGUUUGCACUUUUCGAGCUCGAAUUCCCGUCAUGCUUACGAAUGCCAAUUGAUUGCUGUGAUCUGCAACAUCAACGAGUAUUGGCUUGAUGUUCAGAGCACGGGCGAGUUCUGAUUCAGUGUCCAGCGCUGCGUUGGUUCCUUGAGGCCUUGAGGAUGAAGAAGCUCGCAAGUGUUCGAUUCAACCUUCGAGCUGGCCUCCUGUACACUCACUUGUGGUUGGAAUCAGGCCGCGACUCUGCGGUUUCUGCGAUAAGAUUCAUGUAUGUGUUGCAUCUUAUUUCUCAUUCUUUGCGAAUCUAUCUCAUAUAUCCUUCUACUGCUCCUCCACAUUUUGCAGAGAAUAGCAAACAACAGUUACCAGUAAGAAAAACGAUACGAGCUUGUCGUAUGGGCGAGAUUUUUUCACAGAUUCAAAAGAACCGAGACGAAGCGUUCAUCCUGUCAUUUGAUCCAUAGCACUAUGCACAGUGGAACAAGUAGCGACCAGCUCUCGUGAUAUAUGUCCCACGUCAGGUUGUCAUCUCAGCAAUUGGCAUGCACACAAGAUUAGCAACCACAUCGUUCAGUCAAAUUGAACGAACUCCUUACCUGUGUCCAGAUCUUGUGUCCUGUUGGACAAGCUAGACCCUUCAAGGUUAUUAUACACAAUGUAUCGCCAGCGGAUACAUUGACAUUCUAUGUACUUAAAUGACCAUGACAAGGGAGUCAGGAUGUAUUAUGUAUUGGUGUGUCGAGGUUCUUCUUCCUCGUGGACGUAGGCAGCAAACUCACGAGGAAGACUGUGGCCUCCGAAUACUUUUAUUGACAUGUAAAGAAUGCGGAACAUAUAAGUCCAUGGAAACAGCAUGCAUAUCCCUCAGUUUCUCAGUCCCUCUCUCCAACCCUUCUGAGCAUGAAAGUUUCAGAUCUUGUGACCAUGGACUUCCACCAUGUUGUUAAAACAACGUAGUGAAUAUACUUGUAUUUCUGAAUGGACUAAUGGAAUGCAAGUAUGAGGGAUACAAUGAUAAUUUAACUAUUUGGAAUUGUAAGGAGAUAUCGCCAUCAGUGUCAUUGGAUACUUUGAUUUAAAAAAAUGAUCUUUUCCUUGGGGGGUUUUAGGC